AUGGCUUCCUCCAUCAUUUAUGAAGAGAGAGAAACCCCCACUCCUUAUCUAUCAUCCACCAAGCUUGCAACUGGUGAGCGAAAUACUGGGGCUAUCGCUCCUGCUUCUCCAGCUAUACCUCUGGCUACCUUAGGGAGUGACAAGCCCACAUUAUUCCGGCAAGAAGAUGCUGUAGACACGCUGCAGAAAUGGAAUACCCCUCACAUUAACAUGUGGCGGGUGAUGAGUUGUUGCGUGGUGUAUUUUGGGAAUGGAAUCAAUGAUAGUGCAACCGGUGCGCUCAUUCCCUACAUGGAGUCGUAUUACCGCAAGGGACACGCCAUCAUGUCUUUGGUGUUCGUCGGUCAAGCGCUAGGUUUCGUCAUUGCAGCAUUCUUCAACAACCUGAUCCUCCAUAAAAUCGGACGAGCGUGGAUGUUGAUGACCGCUGAAGCUGUUAUCAUCGUCGGCUACAUUAUUUUGGUCUGCAUGCCCUCUUAUCCGGCAGUAAUUGUUGCUUUCUUCUUGCUCGGAUACGGCGCGGCAAUGACUUUGGCACUGAACAAUGUCUUCUGUGCCAAUCUACAUCCACCAUCUGCUGUCCUUGGCGCUGCACACGGAAGCUAUGGUGUAGGCGGAAUCGUGGCCCCGAUCGUUGCUACGACAAUGGUCUCAGCAGGCAUCGUGUGGUCUCGCUUCUAUCUGAUGCCGCUCGGCCUUGCUUGCUUUGCGCUUGCUUUUGCUGGCUGGGCUUUCUGGGACUAUGAAGAGCACACCGUAGAGACUACGUCUGAGCACGCUGAGACCAGGGCCGAAGCGGUCACCACCAUGCAGGAUCUUGAGCGAGCACUCAAAAACCGCGUCACGAUCAUCGGCGCCCUCUUUGUGUUCGCAUAUCAGGGUGCAGAAGUUGCGAUUUCUGGCUGGAUGAUAUCGUUUCUGAUCAACUAUCGAGACGGUGACCCGGCGAGCGUAGGAUACGUUACCGCUGGAUUUUGGGGCGGUAUCACGCUAGGUCGCUUCUUUCUCACUCACCUUGCUCCAAUAUUAGGCGAGCGUCUGUUUGUUGUUAUUCUGAUCUCUGGGACGACAGGCCUUCAGCUUCUCGCCUGGCUUGUGCCCAAUGUCAUCACCAACGCUGUUGCCGUCUCCAUUCUUGGACUGUUUCUCGGGCCCCUGUAUCCGUGCGCCCAGACGGUCUUUUCAAGGCUCAUACCACGUCACGUCCAGACCACCGCAAUGGGAUUUAUCAGCAGCGCAGGAAGCUCGGGUGGAGCUGUAGCGCCUUUCACAACUGGCCUGUUGGCGCAGGCUGUAGGAACAUUCGUUUUACAUCCUGUAUGCAUUGGUCUUUACAUUUGCAUGCUCGCGUGUUGGUUCGCAUUACCUAAGGGCAGGAAGAGAACAGAGUGA